AUGAGGAAGUCCAGCUGCGGCCAUGUGAUCGGAGUGCCUGUGACCUCCAAGGCGUACGCCUUAGAGGAGGCGACAACCAGGGGCGCCGGGGCGGCCAAGAAGGACGGCGAUCGCCUCGCCGUCUCGUUGACGCACCCGAGCCCCUACGCGUCCUUCGGCUACAAACACAGUAGCAAGGGUCAGGUGAUCCAUUGGGUGAACAAGCUGGGCAGACGGGCGCAGGGCUUCAGAGACCACGUGACCCUGGGGCCGAAGCUGUCGGAGACGGUGAAGGGGAAGCUCAGCCUGGGCGCGAGGAUCCUGCAGGCCGGCGGCGUGGAGCGGGCGGCUGCAGGCCAGCUCGAGGAGCCAGAAGCUCCAAGUCGGCGCGUCGUUCAGCAACUCGCCGCUCCAAGCCAGCUCGUCAAAGAGUGGCGUGUUGCUCCAGGCCGGCACGCAGUGGACCAUAGCGGCACGUGCAUCGUGGAUGACGUCAUGUCGCACCACUCCUUCUGUGCCUGCGACCGCACCAUCUGUUGUCGAUGUGUCCAUGACCGCUCCCUGUCGGUGGAGGUCGGCGACGCGGCAUCCAGCACGCCCGCACCCGUCGAGGUCGUCGAGGAGAAGUAG